UCCCCACGCAGCGGCUUCCUAAAAAACGACACGGAACCAUGCACCGCUCAACCCACAACGCCCUGUCCCAUCUGCCACGAAACAAUCACCCGCAAAACCCCAACUCGCGGCCUGCGCAUCCACAUACGAAAUACUAAGACGGCAGCUAGAAUGUUCGUUUUGACCUGCCACCGCACUUACCAGACCAAGCACAACAUCAGUAGUAGCAGUAGUAGUCACCCACUGCUUCGGCCCCGCACCAAGUCAUCGCGCAGCAACUCGAUGAUGCGAAUUAAGCGGUGCGGCCACGCCUUUUGCUACGACUGUCUUGAGACGUGGGUGCAGAAACAAAAUACUUGCCCCAUGUGUCGGGACAGGCUGUUUACU